AUGGUUAAGUUCAAAUCCAUCGAAUACUUCCGCGUACUCCCUCGAUGGCUCUUCGUUAAGAUCAUCGAUGAAGAUGGUCAGUACGGCUGGGGAGAAAGCUUCCUCGAAGGCCAUACAGAGGCCGUCGAAGGCACCCUUAAUGCUCUUGACAUCGAGCACAUCUGGCAGAUGGCCUGGCGCUCAGGCUUCUAUCGCAGCGGCCCCGUCUUCAUGUCCGCCAUCUCCGGCAUCGAUAUCGCCCUAUGGGAUCUCAAGGGCCGGCAGCUCGGCGUGCCCAUCCACCAACUCCUCAGCGGUAAAAUGCGGCAUAAGCUAUUCGCCGCGCGUGCUAGAAUCGAGCGUCGAGCGUCUCAAGCCAUCAAGACGCUCGGUUUAGACGCCGCCUUGGAUUUCCACGACCGUCUCCACAAACCCAUGGCGAAGCAGCUGGCCAAGGCCCUGGAACCGCAUCGUCCACUCUUCCUGGAAGAACCGCUCCUUUCGGAACAUCCGGAGGGCAUCAAACAGCUGUCGGGCUUCGACGCGAGCGUCGGUGCAGCCCGAUAUAAGUCACUGCGGCGGUGUUUCGGAACUGCGUCGCAUUGUUCCCUGGGCCCCAUCGCCCUGGCCGCUUGCAUGCAGGCGGGUUUGACCACGCCAAACUUCGCCAUCCAGGAGAUGAGUCUGGGGAUUCACUAUAACAAGGAAACGGGUGAAUACGACAUCACGAGCUACGUGGAGGAUCCUGGCGUCUUCGACGUCAAAGACGGGUACGUGGAUGCGCUGACGAGGCCCGUAUUAGGCAUUGAGGUCGAUGAGGACGUUCGUUCGUCGGUUGUCUCAGUCGACACAGCCCUGGCAGCCUAA